GCGCGGGGAGGGGGCGCCCUGCUCUGGGGCCAUGACCGAGCCCGGAAGCGCGGAGCCCGAGACCGGGGUAACUGCUGCGGCAUCGCGCUUGCCUUUCUCUGGGGGGAGGUGGAUCAUCGGGGUGCGCGGCGCGGGGCUCCCCCGCGGGGCCAGAGCGGAGUAGGGGGCUGCAGUCUAGGAGGGAAGACGCGCCCCGGAGUUCGCCCUAAGGAUGGCUGUCCGCCGCCGCUCGGGGCGGCCUGCUGGGUGACGUCCGAGCUUGCAGCCCCGGUGUCGCCGCCGCCGCCACCAUGCCCCCACAGCAGCUCUUCCGCGCGCUCGUGUCGGCGCAGUGGGUGGCCGAGGCGCUGCGGACCCCGCGCGCGGGACAGCCCCUGCAGCUGCUAGACGCCUCCUGGUACCUGCCCAAGCUGGGCCGCGACGCGCGCCGCGAGUUCGAGGAGCGCCACAUCCCCGGCGCCGCCUUCUUCGACAUCGAUCAGUGCAGCGACCGCACGUCCCCUUACGACCACAUGCUGCCCAGCGCGGCGCACUUCGCGGAGUACGCGGGCCACCUGGGCGUGGGCGCCGCCACCCACGUCGUGAUCUACGACGCCAGCGACCAGGGCCUGUACUCUGCGCCGCGCGUCUGGUGGAUGUUCCGCGCCUUCGGCCACCGCACCGUGUCGCUGCUCGACGGCGGCUUGCGCCACUGGCUCCGCCUGGGUCUCCCGCUGAGCUCGGGGAAGAGCCGCCCGGCGCCCGCCGAGUUCCGAGCCUCGCUUGACCCCGCCUUCGUCAAGACGUACGAGGACAUGAAGGAGAACCUUGAAUCCCGGCGCUUCCAGGUGGUGGACGCCCGCGCCGCCGGCCGGUUCCGCGGCACCGAGCCCGAGCCCCGAGACGGCAUCGAACCUGGCCACAUCCCCGGCACUGUGAACAUCCCCUUCACGGACUUCCUGACCCAGGAGGGCCUGGAGAAGAGCCCCGAGGAGAUCCGCCGUCUGUUCCGGGAAAAGAAGGUGGAUUUGUCCCAGCCACUGGUGGCCACGUGCGGCUCCGGCGUCACAGCCUGCCACGUGGCACUGGGGGCCUACGUCUGCGGCAAGCCCGACGUGGCCAUCUAUGAUGGCUCCUGGGUAGAGUGGUACAUGCGUGCCCAGCCAGAGGACGUCAUCUCCGAGGGCCGGGGGAAGACCCACUGAGGGCAGGGUCAGGACACGGGAGGCAGCGCCCGGCCUGGUUGUUCUGACUCUGCCUCGACCGAGAGAGUGUUUCUUCCUGCAAGUCAGGUGGCGCAGAGGGCGACAUCCCAGAGGCCAGGGGUUCUGUCGACCUGCGGGCUCCCAGCCGAGGCCGGAGAGAAGGUGGUGGUGGGACAGAGGGAGGCAGUGCCCCAGGUGCUGAGCGGGGGGUCCUGCCUCCCUUCUGUUUUCCCUGUUGAGGAAAUAAAACAGCACAGCGCCAAAUGCUUCCAACUGUGGGGCUGCCUGGUUUUCCUAAGGAGCCGGUAGUCCAGAAUGCCCAGCAAAGGGAGCUCGGUGGAGCCUGAGGGUCUGGGGGAUCCUGCCCCUGCCUUCCGAGCAGGGCUGGAGCCCCAGAGCCCUUCUAGUCCUGUGAGCAGAAUGCCCCCAGCCAACCAUCCUCCACCCCAUAAUGCUGGGGGUCUCCCCUUCUGACUUCUGGGCUAUUGAGAGGUGAAUCUUGCUGUGAUAAGGAAAACCUCUGCCUACCCCCCAAACCCCCCACUCCGGGCCCAAGGGUCGAGGCUCUAUCUUCUUCCUUCUGUAUUUGUCCUUUGCGCAGAGAUGGAAAUGGUGUCUGAGAAGGCCCCAGAUGGCCCCUGCCUGCAGCCAGGUCACCCCUCCCCGUCUCCAAGCCCCCAAAGAACCCCUCAGUAGUAGACGGGCCGCAUCCGUCGGUACUGGGGAAAACCCUAGAAGAAUGAAACCAGAGGGGGCGUUGACUUACCCAAGGUCACACGAUGGAUUACAACAGAGCUGGACCAGACCCAGAUUUCCCGAACUCCGAACUUACUCUUCUUUGUACCUGCGACCCCCCCCCCGCCCCCCGCCGCCCAUCACAUUUCCUCUGACACUGAGUCACCUCCCAAGUCCACGGGCAAGAGGGAGCCGAUAGGAUAGUAUCGGGUUUUCUGAAUGAGAGCUCUAAAUUAAGUCCCAACCUCUCUGAGUCUGUUUCCUCACCUGUAAAAGGGAAAUAAUGCGUACCUCAGGAGGAGGAUGUCAGACAAAGGUUUCGGCAUUGCGGAGUCCCAUUUCUCGAGCUCAGGGUUUCACAACCUCAGCGCUCCUGACGUUCAGGCGGGAUAAUUCUUUGUUGCCGAGGCUGUCCUGUGCAAUGUAGGACGUUUAGCAGCAUGUCUGGCCCCCAGCCAGUAGUACGGACCGGUUGUGACAACCAACAAACGUCUCCAGGCAUCACCAAGUAUCCCCCGGGAGGCAAAAAUCACCCUCAAUUGAGAACCACUGCUUUAGGAGCAAAUAGCAGUUGAGCACAGCAGUCAGAAACAGUGUAGACAAGGACUCCCAACGUGGAGGGGAUCCUUCAUCACGCCCCCUCCCCCUGGAGGCUGAGUUUAGCCGUCCAGAAAGCUCCUUCCUUUUAUACUUCCUUUUUAUGCUUCCAAGCCUCAUUUUCUCUCCUGGAAACGUCCCCGCCUCUUUGCUUCAGGGAGAGGGCUUCGUCUACAGAUGCAUGUGAGUUCGGAUCUGGCUUCUGUCUCAGCUGCCCCGUACAAGGCUGCCUGACCUUGGACACUGCUGAGCCUCUCUGGGCCUCAGUUUCUUCAUCGUUAAAAAGGGAGUCAUCACAUUUUCCUUGAGAAAUACGGGGAUUAAAUGAGAGAAUGCACUGAAA